AGGAGACCCACCCUUAGUCCCCCACCAAGAAUAUUUGGAUGAAAUUGAAACACCUUCCGAUUCCUGAAUUCAUCUUCUUCUUUCAACUACUCCUCUAACCUUUUCUCUUCAAUUUUCCUCCUCCCUCCAUCUUCAUAAUCCUAAAAUCCUUACUGCCAACAAGAUCACGGACAACUUUCCAGGAUUCAUCUCUUCUCUUUCGGAAGAAUGGCUCGUGUUCGGAAUUUCAGUUCUCAAGGAGGAAUGGUUAAUGAUGAUUACUGGGCCACCCUGAAUCGAUAUGAUGUCAAAAACCACCAUCAGGAUACAAGUAGGAGCAGUUAUUAUGAUUAUGGCUAUGGCAGCAACCAUUUUGAAUUUCUGGGGCAAUAUAGAAACCAGGUUGGUAGGUCUAUUUAUGCAAGACCUGAUACUUUGAACUCCAUCAAGCCUCAUAACUCACAGUCUUUUAAGAGGAGGAAGUUUUCUGCUUCACGUUGGGAGGAUAGUGGGAGGUAUCAUUGGCAGGGAAGGACAUAUGAUAAUGGACCUUCGAUCUAUAGCAAUUUGGUCCACCCUCCUCCAAGAUCCAACAACGAUGUCUCUACGUCUGCCAGCUGUAAACGAGAUCGCAGAAUAAUGGAAGAUGAUGAGCCUUUUUUUAUGUCCAGGGAUGAGAUUGAGAGAUGUUCACCUUCAAGAAAAGAUGGUAUUGACACAAUACGUGAAACUCAUCUGCGGUACACAUAUUGCGCCUUCCUUCAGAGUCUUGGUUUGCAGCUUGAGUUACCUCAGACUACCAUUGGCACUGCGAUGAUUCUAUGCCAUCGGUUUUUUGUUCGAAGAUCACAUGCUUGUCAUGAUAGAUUUUUGAUUGCCACAUCUGCACUCUUCCUUGCUGCAAAAUCAGAAGAGACACCACGCCCUUUGAACAAUGUCUUGCGAGCUUCAUGUGAAAUUCUGCACAAGCAGGAUUUCAACGUCUUAUCUUACAUGCUCCCAGUCGAUUGGUUCGAGCAAUAUCGUGAAAGAGUAACUGAGGCUGAGCAAUUGAUCUUGACAACUCUAAACUUUGAACUCAACGUGCAACAUCCCUAUGCUCCUCUUAUGUCUGUUCUUAAUAAGAUAGGUCUUUCACAGUCGAUCUUGGUGAAUCUUGCACUGAACUUGAUCAGUGAAGGAUUUGGGAUAUAUGGGUGCAAGAACCUCAGUGGAAUGACAGAUUUCCUGACUUUUGGCGUUGAUUGUGACAUGAAAGAGGAUAAUGGUGAUCUUCUUUCCUUGAUCAAAAUGGAUCUAUGCACGAUUAGCAUGCUCGCCUAUUUGAUAUACUUAGCUGGCGGAUUGAUUUGCUGUUCAUGGAAACUUUUGUUUUACAAGUGAAGUAAUUUUAACCAUGAAUACACCUGAUCAGCUUGAUACUUGGUGUGAAUGAUUGCCAAGGAGCCUACUGCACCACUUUCUAUCUUUUCUUAACCAAAAAAAAAAGAAAAAUUCUAACUCUCCCUGGAGCGUCAAUUGUUUUUAUAACCUAGAGAAGCACUGCCAAUGAUCUUGUUUUCGAUCUUAUUUCACUAUGAUGGAUGGUCAAGUGAGUUGAGUUGAGUAGAGAAUUUUUUUCUGAUCAACUACUUUGGACGAGCUUCUAUUCAGCACAGAAUGAGUCACAAUAUAGUGAUUUAGUUUAUGAUACAAUUCUUCUAGGUCCGUCCUUUCAAGUUUCAAGAAUCAAGUGUACCUAUGGCAUAAAUAACCUGUCAAAUCGCCAAGUGAACUUAGCUUAGCUUACAUAAAGGGUCUACCCUCGACUAAAAGGUUUGAGAUUUGAAUCUCCCUGCCCCAUGUUGAACUCAGAAAAAAUGAAAAAGAAAAAACAUGUCAAGUCACUGGGUUCUUGAUAUUCUGUUAGCACCAAUACAAGUAAGCCCUUGAGUUGCAAAUCUUAAUUUGUGCCAACUUAUGUUUGUAGGUUGUGUAUUUGCUGACAUACUUGGUUGAUUACCAUUUGGUAUUUUCAUCAUUUUGAGUCCGAGAGGGUGGAACUCAUCUGUGGUGUUACUUUGACUGGUUCAAGAUAGGCGGAUUUUGAUGAGGGAUAUGGGUUAUCUAAUAUCUUGAUAGGCAUGGAAUGCAAAGUAAGAAAAUCACUAAAAAAUUAAAAUAAAAUGAUUUUGUAUCUUUCCCUCACACCAAGAGAAUAUAAAAUGUAUGCAUUCUUAAUCAAUCGUGAGCAAGCAGGCCAUUUUCCUUGACAGUGUAUGCCCCCUUCAUGUUCCAUUUUUCUCCCAUCCUUGAUUGUUAUAUAAUAUAUAACCGGAGCUUCUUAAACUUUUUUUUUUUUUUGAAGAUGAUGUUUUUUCUCAGUCGUUUGUAUUUUCAUCACAAUGGAACCUGAAGUUUUGUAGGAAAACAUAAAUGGUAUUAACACUGACAUUAUUUUACGACGUAAAAUAUAUUUUACAUUGGGAUGGUUUGAUUUUAAAAUUUAUUUGCUGAUGUGUAUGGCUUUUUUCCCCUUCUCACAGGAGCUCUAUCUUUUCUUGUCCUUGCAUUUUCACUUAUAGCUUUUGGUGUAUUUUUUUUUUGAAAAAUAUCAUUUAAAUAUCUACAUCUCUUAGCAAUUUUGGAAUGUUUAAAAAUCUAUUUAUUUUAAAAGAAAAUUUUCUUAACAAUCAUCAUACCAAUUGACAUUCAACUGAUUUGUCUUCUCUCUGGUGCUUCUGUUGUCAAAUAAAUAUCUUUCUCUUGUUAUUUGUCUUUCUGGGUUUUGUAAGCUAUUAAAACUUUGAACUUAUUGUGAAAGUGUUUUAAUUUCCCUCAUUUUGUUUCUAUGGAGGAUUGAACUCUUUCUGUUUGGCUUUUAUUUUUAAUAGUUUAUUUUCUUAUUCAUGACCUUUUUAAUGUAUGUUCUAUAAAUUUAGCACCGACCUAUAGUUGAACAGAUGCAUGCUUGGCCUAUUUUAUCCUGCACUAGCUAAGAUUAUUGAAUGAAUCUGUCAUUUUUUUGGUUAUGAUGUAUCUAUUGACCAGUCAUUUUAUAUUUUGUGAUUUUAGGAAAUCCUGAAGGUGUAAUAUUUUGAAAUAUUCAGUGACAUCAAGGUUUUGCAUUCAAUUUGUUGGACUUAAAAAUUUUAAAUUUAAUUCCACUCAGGUGAUGUUUGUUACAUUUUAUAUCAUGCUUAGAAUUACAAUCAUCAAACAAAUAAAGUGUGAUCUGCAUGCACGUGUAAAGGUAGCUUUGUCCAUUGUAAUUCCACCCUCUCCCGCGCGCCCACCAAAACAGAUAAAGAACCAUGUCCUACCCAAAGACUGAGCACAAUUAUCUUCAAGGUACACGUGUUACAAUAGAUGCAACAUCCCGUGUCAAGAGCUAGUUUUGUGUGUAGAAACCCCACCCUCCCCGACCAGUCUAUGUUCCUAACCAAAAGAGGAACAAAACUGAUGUCCCAGCCUAAAGACUCGAACGAAUUACCUUUAGACUCUAGUUAAGGUUCAAGCUUUACAAUAGAUGAAACUUUCCAUGAACCUGUGUUCUUACACAUAGUACAGACAAAACAACUCAUGCAGACAACCAGAAAAAUGUGACGACCAGUAAACUAUAUACUUAUAUACGUACAUGCAAUAUAUAAGUGUGUGUGGAAGAAUUAUAUUUUCUUCUGAUGUGUAUUUUGUACGACGGUGGGAAUUUUGGGUGUAUUUAUAUGUGGGGUUAGCUUGCAUGCGUUCAA